GUGGAUUGUGGCAAUUCACGCCAGACGUUCGGGCUGGUCAAGGUAGUGUCAUGAAAUCCACCAUUUCCAACACCAGCAAAGAGAUGAUGGCGUACAGUGAUUUCCCCCCACCACAGGAAUUCCCGAUAUACCUUCAUAACCGCCAAGUACUUAAGUACUUCCGAAUGUACGCCGACAAGUUUGGUCUGCUUCAAUACAUAAACUUCAACAAGGAGGUUGUGUCUGUCAAAUCGGUCGGGGAGGAGAAGAGGUGGAUAGUGGAAACUAAGGAUACCAACACGGGGAAAGAGGCGACAGAAACGUUUGAUUACGUCAUGGUCUGCUGUGGACUUUACAGAGAUAAAUAUGUACCUGACAUAAAUGGUCAGGACAAUUUUCAAGGGCAAAUAAUACAUUCACACGAAUACCGGGAUUUCCAUGGGUUUGAGGACAAGAAAAUCGUUGUUGUUGGCAUUGGGAACUCUGGCGUGGAUGCAGCCGUGGAACUGAGUCGCGUGGCAUCACAGGUGUAUUUAAGCACGAGAGACGGACGCUACUUAUUCAGUCGUAUAUCCGAAGCGGGAAUGCCAAUGGAUAUGAUCUAUUUGACUAGGUUUAAACGGGUAGCUAUUGGUUAUCUUCCCAGGUCUCUUGUUGCAAAACUAUACAUGAAGAAACUAAACCAAAUGGUCAACCAUAAGGCAUACUGUCUUGAGACAGAGAGUGGGCCGUUUUCAAAGGGUAUUCUUAUCAACGACGACCUGCCGAGUCGUAUUGCAUGCGGAAGCAUCGUCGUCAAAUCAGGUGUAAAAUGUCUUCAUCAGACUAGUGUGGAGUUUGAGGACGGGACAAUAGAACGGGAUGUCGAUGUGAUACUUCUCGCAACAGGGUACACAUUUGACUUUCCAUUUUUACACUCUUCUGUCAGAGGACUGGGUGAAAACAACAACAAGCUCUACAAGUUCAUGUUCCCGCCAGUCCCUACUCGACCUACAAUCUGUGUCAUAGGUUUACUACAGGCCGCCGGACCACUAUUGCCUAUAGCUGAGAUGCAGGCGAGACUGGGUUUGGCUGUUUUUAAGGGUAAGGUGACUCUUCCCCCAGUUAAAUUACAAGAGGCUGAUGUUGAGAGAGUCCGGGGCAUUAAUAAAAAGGUGUUUCGGGAUUCGAAGGGACAUUAUUUUACGGUUGACUAUACCAUUUACAUGGAUGAACUGGCCACAAUGCUUGGAUGUAAACCUCAUUUAGUGAAGAUGUUCUUGACUGAACCUAACCUGGCCUGGCGGUGUUUAUUCGGACCUUGCACGCCUUAUCAAUACAGACUAGAGGGGUCAGGCAAGUGGUCAGGUGCCAGGGAAGCAAUUCUGCAUCAAUGGGAGAGAACCCUUGCUCCACUGAAAACCAGACCGAUGACAGAAAAACGAAACAGCUGGCAUAUCACAGUUGUUUUGAAAAUGGCAUUCGCGUUGAUAGGAGUGUAUUACUUUUACAGAAAGUGUUUACAGAAGAAAUCAAAACCCGUAGAAUAACAAUGAUACAAUACCAGGGUACGUUGUAAAAGGAUUCCAAAUGGGACUGUAUUGAUUCACAGUAUAAACAAUAUGUUUAAGUUAUUGUUAAUAUCAGUAUUUCUAUGUUAAGUGUAUAUCUGACGAUAUUGUAUACCGUCGGAAGUAAUCAGAAAGACAAUCUGUAAUAUAUUAUCACAUGACUGAUAUUAAAUACUCUAUUAAUAACAGUACAACAUAUUUAUGAAUGUUAAUUUAAAUGGAACAUAUUAUUCACUUGAAGGAAAUGACCAUAAACAGGUAUUCUUACUUUCAGGACAGUCGUAAAAUGUAUGUCCUUUAGGCGUUGACAGCAAUAGUCUCGCCAAUGACAUUAUUUUGACCAAAGAAGUUAUAACAGAAACUCUUCGAAGAGAUGAUGUUUGUUGCAAUGCGUUUGCAGUAAAAACGUUAUUUUCAUUGUA